CGACAUUUGUAGAUGGCGCAUUAUGGCGACGUGCUAUUUAGAGUCGAAAGUCAAAAAUCGUUUACCGAUCGUCAAUUCUAUAAAAUCCGUAAAUAAAUAAAAAGAUAACAACAUGAACGAUCCCGAUUUUGAAAAACAGUUAGAAUACGAAGCGUUAGAGAAACAGAAACAAGAACAUGGAGAAUGGCAGGGCGAUUCUUGCGUUUACACGGAUCCAAAGGACGGAACCGUUUACGAAUGGAACACGGAAAAACAGGCGUGGUUUCCAAAGAUCGACGACAAUUUUAUAGCGGCCUAUCAGGCCAAUUACGGUUACGAAAACACCGCCACGUCCUGCACUUCGAAAGAGGAGACUGCCAGUUCGGCCGUUCUUAAACAACCUCAAAAAGGAGAAAAAAGAAAAGUGAACAGUGAACCUGGUUGGUUCGAAGUCGACGAUGCACACAACACGAACGUUUACGUAUCGAACUUGCCGCUGAGCAUGACAGACGAAGAAUUCGUCGAACUCAUGAGUAAAUGCGGACUGGUCAUGAAAGAUCCGGAUUCUGGUCAGUUCAAAAUUAAAUUAUAUCGCAAUCCGGACGGGAGUAUGAAAGGAGACGGGCGUUGCUGCUACAUAAAGGUAGAAUCCGUCGAUCUUGCUUUGAACAUUUUAGACGGGUAUAUUUAUAAAGAUAAGGUGAUACACGUCGAAAGGGCAAAAUUCGAAUUGAAAGGAGCGUAUGAUCCGAGCAAAAAACCAAGAAAGAAAAAGGGGAAGGAAAAGGAGAAAAUGAAAAAGAAAAUAGAAAAGUUAUUUGAUUGGAGACCAGAGAAACUUAGAGGAAUGAGGGGAAAGCACGAGAAUGUUGUAAUUAUAUACAAUAUGUUUGAUCCCAUCGAAUUUGAGAGAGAUCCAUCACUUAUUAUGGAGUACCAGAAGGAUGUGAGAGAGGAAUGUUCGAAGUGCGGAGAAGUUAAGAAAGUCGUAGUCUACGACAGGCAUCCCGAGGGGAUCGUAUCCGUUUCGUUCAAGGAAGUAGAACAGGCCGACGAAUGCGUCGUCCUGAUGAACGGCCGCUGGUUCGCCGGUAGACAGCUGAGAGCUGAAACUUGGGACGGGAGAACAAAAUACAAAAUCGAAGAGUCUGCAGAAGACAGGGAAAAGAGACUGGCGCAAUGGGACAAGUUCUUAGACGGAGAGGAAGGAGAACCAAAAUCUGCUUCCGCCAAUCCCACAUUGUCUAACACAAAAACGGAGAAGAAUCCUGCUUUCGGUACCGUCGCGGUAGAAAAUUCUAAAAAGAAAAUUACUUCCAAAGGAACCAUGUCAAAAGACGAGGCAGAGACCGAAAGUUCCGGCGAUUCAGAACCGGAUCUAGACGACUCGGAACAGAAUCUGAACGGAAAGUCGAGCACGGCAAACCGGAAAAACUGAGCGCUUCCUCCUCGUGGAAUGUUUAACCAUUAUUUAAAAACAUACCAGCAGUCCUCCCACGCUUUUAUAGACUAAAGUCGGCUGCCAGACCAUUAAUUAGACUCGCGCUGCCAUUCAAGUUACCAUAUCCACUAAUAAAUAAUAAAGUGUUAUGUCAAAAUAUGCCAGAUACACGCCACGCAUCUCGGAAACUGUACAGAAGCACUCCUCAAACUCUAAAGCAUUUUACACUACAACAAUAAUUCCAUUUAUUGUAUGGGAGCAAAAUUAUUUUAUUGAAAUUGUGCAAAAAUUCUUUUGUUUUUAUUCUCCACAUCAUUUUUUUUUUUUUUUUGUAAAGAAGAGAUUCAGCAUAUAUAUUUUUCCCUUUCAAAUUAUUAAUGGAAUGUCUACAUUGUAAAUAAACCUGGUAUGUU